AUUCAGUUGGCGGCUGAAAAGCGCCAAAUCAAAAGUACUGAAGUGACAACAAACAAAAUGGGGUCUGUAUGAUAGAAGACAACGCCUCUCGGGACUGACCGCUUCUUUUACUUUAACCGGUCUACUCUACACUGUGUCAGUGAAAGACUCGUUUAAUUUGUUAACAACAUGGAGGAACUCUUUAGUAAAGUGUUACAAGUGAACGUGAGGUGCAGGGACUGUGAGGAGAGGAAAGCAAAUAUCCGUGUCACCAUUGAGCUUCAUUUGACAACAAGUCCUGUACACAAAAGGGAUCUUCUAGUCAGACUAACAGAUGAUAUAGAUCCAUAUUUUCUCUUCAACCUCUCUAUAUCUGAAGAAGAUUUCCAAAGUUUGAAAGUCCAGCAGGGGCUGCUGAUAGACUUUGCCUCAUUUCCUCAGAAGUUUAUUGACCUGCUUAAUCUAUGCUACUCUGAGCAAGAGUCAGACAAUCCAAGGUUUCUCCUGCACUUCUCAAGUCAGUCUCCAGUGCUUGAAGGCCCUGCCAACUUCAGUGUUGUCGAGACAAACGCAUUCAAACACCUGAACCACUUGUCUCUACGUCUUGUUCAAGGCUCUGACAAAGAAGUUAAAGACUAUCUGGCAGUGUGUCUCUCCUCUCUGAAGGCAGAGAAGCAGGCCCUAGAGGGGAAGCUUAAGAAGACUGAAGACGAUCUGUCCAGGCAGCUGAGUUAUGCCCAACAGACUCUGUCUGAAAAGACUAAAGAGUUGGACAAACUGCGUUCAGAGUGGACGAGUCAGAGCAGCUCUCUGUCCAGUCGUCAUUCUCAGGAGUUACAGUCAGAGAGAGAGAAGGCUGUAGAGUUACAGGGCAGGCUUCAGCAGCAGACUGAGCAGCUCCGCCACGAGCUGGAGAGUGCUCAUAAGAAGAGCAGCCAGCAGCUUCAGAGCAGACUGACAGAGCUGGAGGCCUCUUCCAGAGAGCUGACAGAGAGGAAAUACAAGAACGAGUCUGUCAUCAGAGACUUGAAGAUUAAACUAGUGGGUGCAGAGGAGGAGUGCCAGCGUUUGAAGCAGCAGGUCCUGUCUCUCAGGAGGGAGAACAGCACUCUGGACACAGAAGUCCAUGACAAGGAGCGUUUGGUGAGCCAGCUGCAGAUGAGAGUGGCCGUUGUGGAACAGGAGAGCAAAGAUAAGGAUCAGCUCAUGCGCCGCACAAAAGAGGUGCUGGAAGCCACUCAGCAGCAGAAGGAAUCAAUAGAAGAAAAUGCUGAAAGUAAAGAACUUCAGAUUAGAAAACUUGAGGCAACGGUGAAGUCGCUGUCUGAGGAGCUGAUAAAGGCGAAUGGUAUCAUUAAGAAGCUGCAGGGGGAGGUUCGAGGCCUGGUUGGAAAAAUUAAAGUCAAAAACACUGUGACUGUGUCACAGGAGAAGGUCCUUCAAGACACAACAGAAAAACUAAAGAAUGCUGAAAAGGAUCUACAGAGCACUCGGCAGCAACUCGUCACCAAGGAUGAACAGGUUUCCAAACUGAAGGAGCAGUUGGAGACGACGGUACAGAACCUAAAUGAAAGCAGAGAGGUGUUAAAAACAAAUGAGAAUGUUAUAAGUUGGCUAAACAAGCAGCUAAAUGAAAAGCAGCUGUCCAAAAAGCCACUGUCUCCUGAAUGUGUGGACACUCCUUCACUUAUAUCCACAACAACAGGACUGAGGGCACAGUUUUAUCCUCAGACAGUCAAACCUGCCGAUAUUACUCCCAGUGAGCAGCGAUCAGUGCCGACAGCCAUCCGACAAAUCGGAGACUCUGCAGGUCUGGAUUCUAAGUACUUUGAGAGGAGAGAUGACAGCAUCCCAAUCUAUGGCCUGUCGUCUAAUCUGCUUCACAAAGAGUUCCCUCAGAGAGCUAAGCCCUCCAUAGCUUCUGCGUACUUCUCUGCAUGAAGCACAAGCAGCGAGAUUCAAUGGCCAGCAUACAGAGUGGAAGCAAAACCAUCAAAUCCUCACCAUCCACUUUGUGUCCUCAGCUCCUUUACAGACUGUUACUAACUAACCUGCUGUGGUAAAUUCACUUGUUUUUUAAAUGUGUGUGCUGAUAUUUUACACAUCUAUCUUCUGAUCUGUGGUUAAAACUUUUUGUACGGUGAUCACGGAGAAUGUAUUAAAGUCUUUAAAUUAAAAUAUUCUAUUUUCCUAGUGCAGCACAAUAACUUUGCCGUCUUUGAGUGUUUAUAUGUUUUUUUUGUUUUGUUUUCUGUUGUGUUUCAGUUUUGAAGUGUCGUCUUUAAUAAAAAGCUUUUCCAUCUGAAUUGGUGUUCUCAGUUUUUUCAGGGUAACGGUUGUAAAUCUAUAUUUAAAAAUUGAUCUCACUUCAAAGGCCCCAUCAAAUAUUGAAAAUGUUUAAAAGGUAGCUAUUAGUGCUAUUUUAUAUUCGACAAGUUUACAAGGUUACAGAGUCAUCUAAAGCUACAUUAAGAAGUGUUAUGAAUGUGAUGUCUCGAAAUUAAAUGCCAAACCCACAGAGCAGCAGCAAGGACUGUGAUUGGUCAGACUCCUUUGGCCAAUCAGUGCUCCUACUACUGCUCUGUGGGCUUCAUUUAAUUGAUAGAGCGCCAGGUGGUCCUCCAAUCAUUUUCUAAUUCACAAUGAAAAUAAGUCACACUAAGAAUUUUUUUUUUUUACUUAUAGUGUAAAUAAGGUGCUAGCGUGCAUUAAAUAAAAGCAUCGAAAUAGAGAUUGUUUAUCAAAAUAAGUGCCAGGGGAGGAUUCCCCUGGAUCACCAGACAGAGAGACACAUUCUCAUGCUCAACUUGUCAAUUAUUGAUGUUUCAUUAAUGGCCCGUCACAAUAUGACACAUUAGGUACCCCUCCCGUGUCAGUUUUGGACAUUCAUUGAUGGCGUUUUAAGUUAUGCUUAUUAUAUGCAUUAAAAAAAAAAACAACUUAUGUUUUUACAGGAAAGUGCCGUUGCUGCUUGUUAAAAUGUAGUCUUAAUCAAAAUAAAUGUAAAUGAAAAACUUUCUUUCUAUGUUUACUUCCUUAGGUUUAGGCAACAAAAGCAUGGGGUUAGGUUUAGAAAGAAACAUCGUGCGUCAUUAGCAUAGCAUGCUCAACAUACUAGCACCCAACAUUGUUAAUUAAACACCUGAUUUUCUUUGGUUUCACACUGGAAAUGAACAGCAGGCUCCUGGGUGAAAGUCCAGAGUUUGUUUGACCAAUCCACCUCAAUAACACACCUGCCCAGUGCUCUUUACACUACUGCAGUUUCCUGAAGCGUUAACAAAUGCUGCUACCCGGGUCGUCUUAUACUGCCACUAGAGGGUGCCUCUGUGCAGUAGUGACUGACGCCAACAGGCUACUGACCAGAUGUCGGUAAUUGACAAGAUGGGAGUGCAACCAGUCUGGACAGAGGCACUUGCUAAGCCCUGAAUGUCCUUAGAUCCUAGAAACACCCCUGCAUACACCUGACUAGUGCAGGGCUGCUGUGAUUGGCCCCUGGCUUCCUGUCCUUUUGCAAAAGUGGCCCCCAGGCAAAGCAAGUUGAGUGUCCCCGCAGUAUUACUUGAAAUAAUAAUCACACUGAGCUGAUUCUGAAAGGGUUAUCUGGGUAGGCAGUGCUGUAAUUCAACAAAGUUCCUAAUUAUAUCUCAGAAAAGCUAUUGUAAACAUUUUGGUAGCAGUGUUUUAAAUUGAUCCCUCUAGUGUGUAACAAACAGUCAUGUAGUCAGUGUUUUUGAUAACUUGUGUGUGUUGCCUGAGGGCAAAGUUUGAUUUAGAUGUAAGAUUAUUAUGUUAUGAGUGGAGGGUUUGGUUCUGACAUUGAAGGUUAAAGUUUGUAAAGAUGAGUGUGCAGUUAUGCAUUUGUGUUUAGGGUUUUAGGAACUGAGAAAAACUGUAAGGAAGCCUAAUGUAUGAGCAGAUAAAAGUCACACAGCAGGUCAAUAAAAGAAGUUUGCAUCACAAAGUCUGACACCGUGAUGGUUUAUUUUACAUGUUUUCCAGUCUGCUGUAAGGUCUUAAGCAUUUCUCACAUACAUUAGAGACUGCUCUACAAGUCUUCUGGUCAGGAACAAACACUUAUGGUUCCUUAAGUGUUGUGUGUAUCUCAGUCCUAGGCUCUUGGGUUUUGUUGUUGGUCAGGAAGAGGCCAGGGGCAGAUGGGGUGGAUAGCUGGGUCGGCUGGUGGAGCAUGGCAGGGAUGGUUGGGGUGCAA